AUGGCUCAGGAAAGGGAAGAACUCGGAACGAGAACUCAGCUGAACCAUCCCUGUAAGAGCGGUAUCCAGGGUCUGCCGUGCAGCGGCCGAUUUUUAGGUGCCCCAGGGGCAAUCAAGCAAAAUCCACCGCUCGAACCGGGGAAGACCCCGCUCACCUGGCUGGCCGUUGGUAGAUCUUCAAGGCGGCCUGCAGUUUGCCCUGAGCUCUUUCUCGCCAGAGAGUGCACUAACGGGGAGCAAACACUGCAGAGGAAAAACGCUUGUGGCAACAUAAUGGGGUGUGCGACCGAUCGUCCAAAGCGAAUUUCUCUCCCAUAA